AUACCAGACAGUCGGGCCGGGAGAGACGUGUCGUCUCUCUCGGCGAUGGACUCGUCGCGACGCUGGCAGCGUAACUCUGUCGUCCUCGAGCAGGCGCGCGUCAACAUGUGGCCUGCAGGAGAGCAUCACCUCGGCGUCCACUGGAUAAGCGGGCUCGAGUGGAACAAGGCGGAGCUGGACCGCCGCAUCGCCGCAGGCGAGUUCUCCGCUGCGCAAUGCCUCUCGCGGCUGACCGACGGAAUGCCAAACUUCCACGGCCCGAUCAACGGGCCCGGUCGUCCAACGCUGGCGACCAAGUGGAAGCAGAGGGGGGGCGAGGCGGCCGCCACGUGGGCCUGCGGCCUGCGCAUUCAGGGCAAGCCAGGCGACCCCACGCCGAGCGGCCAACCGCUCACCACAAAGAUCUUCGUGGCGAAGGCAAACAGCGUGCAAAAAAACCAGCAGGAGCAGCUGGCAAGGAUCAAGAAGGGCGAGCUCUCCGUGGACUACGCCCUCUCCUGCAUGCGCGAUGGCGGCCCGCUCCGACGGAACUGGGGAGCGGCGGCCGACGCGGCGGUGCGGCAGCACAUCGACGCGCUCUGCAAGUUCCUGCGCGAGAUCAAGGAGCAGGCGCGAGCGGGGACGUACGCGUGACGAGUUCUGUUGGGAGUUCCGCGGUAGGCUACACAUCUAGUUGUGCGAUGGGCAAUACGUUUCGAGCCCGAUGUAAUGCAUGUGCGCGCUUGCGCUUCGUCGAGGGCGGCUGCAUCGGCUGUCCUUGUGGUGUCGUGAACCACGCUGAGUUGUGCGCUGGCCGGCACCUGGCCCCCCGGGGGUUGUUGCGGGUCGUGUUUCGCGAAUCGCGAUGGUACGUGACAUGCACUCUGCAGUAUUGAGCGUGUGUCUUGAGAGUUGAGUGGGUGGUAGCAUGGAGCACGUCCGGGUGUUGGAAGUCGAGAAGUAUUACUUUUAUUGCAUGUUUGUGUGGCGA